AUGGCGUCGGUUUACUCCACCCUAACCUACUGGCUCGUGGAGCACCCCAAGAUCGCCAACUUCACGUGGACCGAAGGUGAAACCCUAGGCUCCACCGUCUUCUUUGUCUCCGCCGUAGUCUCCAUUUACCUCUCCGCCACAUUCCUCCUCCGUUACUCCAUCAAUGCACUCCCCUCACUUGGUCCUCGAAUCCUCAAACCAAUCACAGCCGUCCACAGCCUCGUCCUCUGCCUUCUCUCCCUCACCAUGGCCGUCGGUUGCACACUCUCCCUGUUCUCUUCUCAGGCGCCCUCGGGUCUGACGGCGCGUUUCCUCUACGCGAUCUGCUUCCCAGUCGACGUGAAACCUAGCGGACCCCUUUUCUUCUGGGCUCAAGUCUUCUACCUCUCCAAGAUCCUCGAGUUCGGAGACACAAUCCUCAUCCUACUCAGCAAAUCAAUCCAUCGGCUCUCGUUCCUCCACGUGUACCACCACGCGGCGGUUGUGGUCAUGUGCUACCUCUGGCUCCGAACCCGCAUGUCGAUGUUGCCGGUUGGGAUCGUGGUGAACUCGACGGUCCACGUCAUCAUGUACGGUUACUACUUCCUCUGCGCCGUUGGAUCGAAGCCGAAGUGGAAGAAGUUGGUGACGAAUAGUCAGAUUGUGCAGUUUCUUUUCAGCUUCGUGUUAUCCGGUUGGAUGCAUCAAGAGCAUUUAUUCGGGUCCGGUUGCUCCGGGUAUUUGGGAAAUAUUUUUACCGCUGUGUUUAAUGCUUCUCUCUUGGCUCUCUUCCUCAACUUCUAUUCCAAGAACUAUGCGAAGAAGACAACACUGGAGAGCAAAAAAUGCGAUUGA